AUGGCUCCAAAAAGGAAACAAAGAAAAGGAAAUGAUGGAGCCUCCACGUCGGCGGCAGCCACCACCUCCUCCCCCACCACCAGGGCAGCCCAGAGAUCCGCCAACAGGGCAACCCGAAGCGCCACCAGUCGCGGCGCCGCCACCCUCCGCCCGCCUGUCGCCAAUCCAGAACCACGCAAGAAAAGGAAAAACAAAGCCUUCACCAGCGCCAGCACAUCCUUAUCUUCCGCCGCCAAGACUGUGAUCAUUGAGCACUCCACGCAGUCUAACACAUUCAAGAAGAUUGCUAAUAAAGUUAAGAUUGCGCUAAAGAAAGAGCUUGCUGGAAUGAAAGUCGUGCUCAACCCCGAGAAGCCUAGGAAGGGUUGCUUUCAGAUCCGCGAGGAAGGAGGGGAGGUUUUCGUCAGUUUACUGGAUAUGGUGGGGCCCUUUGAGCAAUUGAAGGCCUUGGACGUGAAUGCGACCGUCGCCGAGAUUGUUGGAAAGAUUGGUUAA